AUGAACUGGAAGGCCGAGGAGCUCGAAUGGAUAAAUGAAGAUGAAGGAUUCAUGGCCACAGGUGACUCAGAGGUCGACCAGUACGUAGACGAGAAAUCUGGCUGGAUGUGGUCUCCUGACGAUGAGAUUCUCAUCAAUCCUGGUAGCGAUCCCAAACACUGGCAGUGCUACGACCAUUACACGGGAAUAUGGUGGGCGAUGGAAGAGUACCAAGAAACCCCAGACCCCGACGAGGACAACGGAGACUCAGGGCCCAAGAAAGGGCGAGUCAAGACACGGGCGACGCACCAGAUCCCACCCCCAGUGCUGGUGCCAGGAUAUGAAUUUCCAUGGGACAACUCUAUCUUUGCGGAAGUGCGAGCGAGAGAUGAAGCGAAACAAGCACUGGAUUCUGAGUCACAGACCGCAGCGGAGGAGGAUGGCGAAAGUGAUGACGAAGAUGAUGACAAUGGGCUUCUGAGCGGCGGCCAGCGCCAAAUGGACCGGCAAGAGAUCUCCCUGGGAGCCCAGCCUGCUGAACGAUGCUGUCGGCCGCUUUUCAGACAAGUGAUUGAUAUAACGCGUCCUGAUGAUCAGUACCAGGUGUCUGGGAAGCCCCAGCCUCGAACUCGAAAGCGAGAAGGCGAGCCAGUUGGCUGA